AUGUCAUUCAGUGGUUCACCAGGAUACCAGCCCAUAUACAACCCAAGUGUACCAUACAUGAGUCCAAUCCUUGGCUGUCUAAAAGAGGGAAUGUUUGUUUACAUCCAUGGUGUGGUUCCCAAGGACUCAGAACGGUUUCAUGUCAAUCUAAAAUUUGGGGAGUCAGCUGACAGUGACAUUGCUUUUCACUUCAACCCUCGCUUCCGUGGCAUAGACAGAGUGGUUCUCAACAGUUUCCGGAAUGGUGGGUGGGAGCAUGAAGAGGUCAUCCAUAGCAUGCCCUUUGUCCAAGGGAAGGCCUUUGAGAUGGUCAUUGGCACUAACUCGGAGGGGUUUCAGGUUAAUGUGAACUGGGAGAAAUUUCAUAGUUUUCCACAUCGCCUUCCACUGGACGGAGUGUCUGUACUUGAGAUCGUAGGAGAUGUCUCUGUUCACUGUGUCAGCAUUAUUGGGAGCGUCCCCUAUGUUGGGCAAAUAUGUGGCGGCCUUAAAGAGGGAAUGACUGUCUUUAUUCAGGGUACCAUUCCUGAAGAGGCAAAUCGUUUCUAUCUGAACCUGGAAUGUGGGAGCUCUAAGGGUUGCGACAUUGCUCUACACCUCAGCCGCCGCUUCGAAGGCUGGGACAAGGUUGUCCUCAACAGCCAGCAGAACGGAGCAUGGGAAGACGAGGAGAAAAUCCGUGAUGCACUUUUUAGCCAGUCUGCCCUUGAAAAGGGGCAACCUUUUGGUCUUGUCAUAAUUGUUAAUUCUGAAGGCUAUCAGAUUAACGUAAAUGAUGAGGAGUUAGGCAGGUUCCCACACCGUGUAGCCCUGGAGAGAGUGUCUGUCCUGGAGAUUGGAGGUGAUGUCUCCAUCCAGGCCAUAACUUACACUGGGGGGGCAUAUUCAGAGGAUAAACUGCAGGAAGUGAAGGACAUGCCAGUUUUGUGUGGUAUGCUAAGAGACAUGAGAGUUGACAGGACUGUGAUCAUUCGUGGCUGGGUGCCAUCUGGCACUGAGAGGUUUACUGUGAACUUCUUGACAAAUGACAACGAGGACAUUGCCUUCCACCUGAACCCGAGGAUGAGGGAGGGUGUGGUGGUGAGGAACAGUCUGAUUGGAGGGACGUGGGGACAGGAGGAGCGAGAGCUCGGAUACAUGCCCUUCCAGGAGGGCCAGUACUUUGAUAUGGCAAUAUGCUGGGACACCAAAGGCUUCUCAGUGUAUGUGAAUGGGCAGCAUGCAUUUGACUAUGCCCACCGCUUCCACACCCUCAGACAGAUUGACACUCUGGAAAUCAAAGAGGGUGUGGAUGUGUCCUAUGUUGUCUUCUGA